AACAGAGAGACAGCACGCCCAUCCAGACCUCAACACAAACAACCAGCAAACAACCAAGAAAAGGACCACGAUGGCUGCAGCAGCUCCCCCACUCGACCCAGACCUGAUGAGGGAGGUCCUUGAAUGCCCCAUCUGCUUGGAGACCUACAACCAGGACCAAAUGAGGCCCAAGCUUCUGCAGUGUGGUCACACGGUGUGCCGGCAGUGUCUUGAGAAGCUGCUGGCUAACACCAUCAAUGGUGUGCGCUGCCCUUUCUGCAGCAAAGUCUCCCGCAUGAGCAGCAUCUCCCAGUUGGCUGAUAAUCUCACCGUGCUCAAGAUCCUGGACUGCACUAUAUCCUGCAGUGCUGCUGCCGCUGCCUUGAUGUGCAAGUCCUGCUGCAACCGCCUUCCCAGACAGUACUGUUAUGAUUGUGUUACAGUUCUCUGUGAGUUAUGCAAAGGUGAGGGUCACCUGCAUGAAGGCCAUUCAGUCCAGCCGAUCAGAGUCGCCGCGGAGCAGCGCCGCAAAGAACUCGGUGGCAAGCUGACCGCUCUCCGAGACGUCAUAGGAGAAAUUCAGAAGAAAAAGACAGCAAUCGAAAGCAUUUCCAAGUCUUUGAGACUGAAGUACCGAGCAGCUCAGCAGGAUUACACGACAGCCGAGCUUCGUCUUCAAGAGGAGCUCAGCAGAUCUAGAAGGAUGUUUACAACUUCCAUAGCUGAAGUGGAAAAGCUCAAUGCUCAAGUCUUGGAGGAGCAGACCUAUCUUCUUAAUAUUGCAGAGGUUAAAGUGGUGUCACGCUGCGAUUAUCUAACAAUGCGAGUGAGGCAGAGUGACAUUGCCUUGCUGAAGGACGACGGCGGAGACAGUGAUGACGAGGAGCUGGAUUUGAAAAGCAGUUUACCCACCGUGUUUCAGCUGCAGGAGCCAGAGCUGAUCAGAACUGAGCACUCCAAACGUUUAGAAGUAGGCCAGUUGACCACAAACACUUACACAGUCAAUACAGAUGACGAGGAAAGUGGGUUAGAGAUCGCGCUUGAGGGUGAUAUGGAAAAUGUAGCUGGGGCAGUAGGUGGGACAGGGGGCGCAAUGGCGGCUUCGCUGGAUCUUUACCGAGAUAUUGACAUGGUUGCAGCAGUAGAGGAGACCGUCUGUGGCUCCCCAGGCACCUUUAAAUCCAAGUCCAUGGAUGCAGGAGGGGGAUCACCGAGUGCCGCAGGAGCAAGUUCAGGGCCCCCUGUGUGCCAGUUUGUGAAGAAGAUGGGCUGUAAGGGAACUCUGCCUGGCAUGUUCAAUUUACCAGUCAGCAUCUGCGUGACGCAGCAAGGUGAGGUGCUGGUCGCUGAUCGGGGUAACAACCGCAUCCAGAUCUUCAAUCGCAAAGGUUUCCAGCGUGAGAUUCGACGCAACGCCAGCAGCAUCGACAACUUUGUGCUGAGUUUCCUCGGAGCCGACCUGCCUAACCUCGUCCCCUUAUCCAUUGCUGUGACGCCUCAAGGCCUGAUUGGUGUCACAGACAAUUACGACAACUCAGUUAAGGUCUACACCAUGGACGGGCAUUGUGUUGCUUGCCACAAGAACCAGCUGAUUAAACCUUGGGGCAUCGCUGCUAUGCCGUCAGGCCAGUUUGUGGUCUCGGACGUGGAAGGUGGCAAGCUGUGGUGCCUGGCAGUCGACCGGAAUGUAGGUGUGGUCAGCUACAAUCGGCUCUGCUCCGCCGUGCGGCCCAAGUUCGUGACAUGCGACGCGGCAGGAACGGUGUAUUUCACCCAGGGAUUGGCGCUGAACUUUGAGAAACGCCACAACGAGCCCCAUUUGGAGGGUGGCUUCUCCAUCGGUUCAGUGGGUACCGACGGCCAGCUCGGUAAACAGCUCAGCCACUUCUUCUCAGACACAGAGGACUUCCGCUGCAUCACAGGCAUGUGUGUGGAUUCCAACGGGGACCUGCUGGUUACAGACAGCGGCCGGAAGGAAAUCCUCCAGUUUCCCAAAGAAGGCGGAUUCAAUAUCCUCAUCCAGGAAGGUCUGACCUGCCCGGUCGGAGUGGCCACGACCCAGAAAGGACAACUGCUCGUGCUGGAUUGUUGGGACCACUGUGUUAAAGUCUACACUUACAUUCAGAGGAGACAUUCUUCCACUUCCUAGAAGAACAAUCUCAGCAGUGUUAUUUUAAUUGAGCUUGACAGCUUUCAUAGGUUUAAAUCAGUAACGCUGUGUUUUAACGUUUGGAAAAGGGGUAGAUAUGCUAUUAUUUGUCACUUUAGUCUGGCUGUAGUCCAGACGAUUCUCACUCCAGCUUUCAUUGACUUACGAAAAUGUAGUGCUUCCCCCCCCCCCCCUUUUUUUUUAACAAAUGAAAAAGCAUUGGUUAUUAUUUAAAGACAUAAUCUGGUGAUUUCAAUCUGUCACAAUGGUGAAGCUGAUAACAUUUUUGGAUUAACGGCACUGGGAAGUCAUCGCGUUAAGUCAAGUCACUGAUGUCAAAGCUACUGAGGCACAAAGUGCAGACGAUAUUCCUCUUCCUGUCAUUGGCUGGUUCAUCCACCAUUAACUUGACUGUCCGAGAUGAUGCAUGGCUUUCACAGAUUUGGCACAGCUUAGCACCCGGGAAGAGAAGAGCUGAAAACCAACACGUAUUUACAUAUGAAUCGAAGGAUGUGAAGGCUUCCGGCCUGUAAAGCACUUUAUUACCGACGCGUCACUGUUUCCUACUUUUCGGUUUUGGUAGCACAGAUUAACAUUGUUGCUGAUUGCAGCUGGCAGCUUUAAAAAAAUUUACUGUGCAGUUAGUUAAAGACAAAACAGUAAGCAAGUACCAGCACUCACUGAAUUGCACCCAGUAACAGUCAGGGAACAACAAUAACAGCAUGUUGAAUCGACUUAAAGGUAAACCGCAAAAAUCCUAACAUGAGGUGGAGGCUUUGUGAGGCAGUGGCCAUUCACUGCAAUUAUGGCUACAUAUUUAUUCCUUAAAUUGUCAGGAACAUGUUUUGUGUGGUGUAUAAUUUUUUUUGCUCAGCUUAUUUAUGGUAAUCGGAAGUGUUAUUGCAUUAUAUUUUGCCGAGACGUUUCUAUUUUUAAAAUGACCUUGAUGAGCCUGUAACCUUCUGCCACAAUGUGAGAAAACUGUUGAGAGCGUUCUUUUUCUGCUGCCAUGACAUUUUUCAAGCAAAGGUCACUAAAAUCUACUGUCUGAUCUCCAAGCUGUAUUCGUUUUCAUGUGUGUUUCCUUUUAACCUUUUCAAGAAACACUGUAGCCACGGCGUUGACACUACAGCUUCAUACUAUAAAGCUGGAGAAGGUAACAUCUGGUUCUGCUCAUCUGGUCCGGAUCAGAUUCCAGCUGUUCAGCUCAGUCGGCGGUUUCCCCUCAAUUUCAGAGCUCACCUGUUUGCUUUUUGGUUAACCUCCAGCAUCGGGAUUAGCGUGAAGCGAUUUGAUUCAGAAUGACAAACACAAGCGCUCUCAUUUUCUGUCCUGCCUCUCAGACAGAACUGCGUCUAUUAUGAAGAGAAAUGCUUUAAAAUCCCACAUGAUCUGCGUUGUUUUCAAGGUCUUUGAUAGUUGAAGGGUCUGUUAGUUUAAUACCCAGAGGGGCUUAAAAUCAGCUGCAUCAAACACUCAUCAGUAAAUGGCUUUUAGGUGUUUUGUUGGUAUAGCGGACAUAAAACAGCUCGAGAAAACAGGCUAAAAGCAGAUGUCUAUAAUCAGA